AUGGCAUUAAAUCGUGACGAGAUUCUUUUACUUUUUGAUGUUGAUAACACUCUGACAAAACCUCGUGAUGUUAUUGACAAGGACUUUGAAAAUUGGUUCUAUCAAACCAUUAAACCACUUGCAACAAUUGGCAUUGUUACCGGUGCAGAUGUCGACAAAAUGUUACAACAACUGAAUGGUAAAAAAGUCCUUCAAGAGUUUGAUUACAUUUUCCCAGAGAAUGGAAUCGUUCACAUUGAGAAAGGAGUUGAAGUGCAAAAAUCAUCAUUCAAUGAAAAGCUUGGAGAGGAAAGCUUAAAGCGUUUUAUUAACUUCGUUCUUAAAUACAUUGCUGAUCUUGAUCUUCCCUACAAACGUGGAACUUUCAUUGAGUAUCGCAAUGGUAUGAUGAAUAUCAGUCCUGGAGGCCGCCAAUGUUCAAAAGAAGAAAGAAUUAUUUUCAAUGAAUUUGACAAGAUUCAUCAAAUAAGAGCUAAAAUGAUAAAAGUACUUGAAAAAGAGUUUCACGAUGUUGAUCUCACAUAUGCUGUCGGCGGAAUGAUCAGCUUCGAUGUGUUCCCAAAAGGUUGGGAUAAGUCAUUCUGCCUUUCACGUUUACCUGUUAACAAAUUCAAAGAAAUACAUUUCUUUGGUGAUCAAACUUCAGCUGGUGGAAAUGAUUACGAAAUUUAUUCACAUCCAUCAACAAUUGGGCAUCACGUAAAUAAUUACCAAGAUACUCGAAGAAUCUUAUCAGAAAUGUUUCGACUUUGA